AUGGCAAAGCGAACCUUCUCUACCUUGGAGGCGUUCCUCAUUUUCCUUCUGGUAAUAAUGACAGUCAUCACAGUGGCCCUUCUCACCCUCUUGUUCGUCACCAGUGGGACCAUUGAAAACCACAAAGAUUCAGGAAAUCACUGGUUUUCAACCACCCAGAGCUCCACGACCACCCGGUCCCCUCCAGUUACACCGACUCCUGACUUCCCUUCAUUUCAGAACUUCAGUGGUUACUACAUUGGUGUCGGGCGGGCUGACUGCACAGGACAAGUGUCAGAUAUCAAUUUGAUGGGCUACGGCAAAACCGGCCAGAAUGCACAGGGACUCCUCACCAGGCUGUUCAGCCGCGCUUUCAUCUUGGCGGAUCCAGAUGGGUCAAAUCGAAUGGCAUUCGUGAGCGUGGAACUAUGCAUGAUUUCCCAGCGACUCAGGUUGGAGGUCCUGAAGAGACUAGAGAGUAAAUAUGGCUCUCUGUAUCGAAGAGACAACGUCAUCCUGAGUGCCAUCCAUACACACUCUGGCCCAGCAGGAUUUUUCCAAUAUACACUCUAUAUACUCGCCAGCGAGGGAUUCAGCAACCGGACCUUCCAGUAUAUAGUCUCUGGGAUCGUGAAGAGCAUUGACAUAGCUCACACAAAUCUUAAACCAGGCAAAAUCCUUAUCAACAAAGGAAACGUUGCGAAUGUGCAGAUCAACCGAAGUCCUUCCUCUUACCUUCAGAAUCCACAGUCGGAGAGAGCAAGGUAUUCUUCAAACACAGACAAGGAGAUGCUGGUCUUGAAACUGGUGGAUUUAAAUGGAGAAGACUUGGGCCUUAUCAGCUGGUUUGCCAUCCACCCCGUGAGCAUGAACAAUACCAACCACCUUGUAAAUAGUGACAAUAUGGGCUAUGCAGCUUACCUUUUUGAGCAAGAAAAGAACAGAGGCUAUCUUCCUGGACAGGGACCGUUCGUAGCAGGGUUUGCUUCGUCAAAUCUCGGAGACGUGUCACCCAACAUUCUUGGCCCACAUUGUGUCAACACAGGGGAGUCUUGUGACAACGAUAAAAGCACCUGUCCAAAUGGUGGGCCUAGCGUGUGCAUGGCCAGCGGACCUGGACAAGAUAUGUUUGAGAGCACACAAAUUAUAGGACGGAGCAUCUAUCAGAAAGCCAAGGAACUGUACGCCUCUGCCUCCCAGGAAGUGACCGGCCCAGUGCUUGCAGCCCACCAGUGGGUGAACAUGACAGAUGUGAGCGUCCAGCUCAAUGCCACACACACAGUGAAGACGUGUAAACCUGCCCUGGGCUACAGUUUUGCCGCAGGCACAAUUGAUGGAGUUUCGGGCCUCAAUAUUACACAGGGAACAACAGAAGGGGAUCUAUUUUGGGACACUCUUCGGGACCAGCUCUUGGGCAAGCCAUCCCAAGAAAUCACAGAGUGCCAGAAACCUAAACCAAUCCUACUUCACACAGGAGAGCUGGCAAAACCUCAUCCUUGGCACCCAGAUAUUGUGGAUGUUCAGAUUGUUACUCUUGGGUCACUGGCCAUAGCUGCUAUCCCUGGGGAAUUUACAACCAUGUCAGGACGAAGAUUUCGUGAGGCGAUUAAAAAUGAAUUUGCACUUUAUGGAAUGAAGGAUAUGACUGUUGUUAUUGCAGGCCUAAGCAAUGUUUAUACACAUUACAUUACCACAUAUGAAGAAUACCAGGCUCAACGGUAUGAGGCAGCAUCUACAAUCUAUGGACCACACACCCUGUCUGCGUACAUCCAGCUCUUUAGAGCCCUUGCUAAGGCAAUUGCUACGGACACAGUAGCCAACAUGAGCAGUGGUCCCGAGCCUCCAUUCUUCACAAAUCUGAUAGCUUCACUUAUUCCUAAUAUUCCGGAUAGAACACCAAUAGGCAAACAUUUUGGGGAUGUCCUGCAGCCAGCAAAACCUGAAUACAGAGUGGGAGAAGUGGUUGAAGUUGUAUUUGUAGGCGCUAACCCAAAGAACUCAGCAGAAAACCAGACCCAUCAAACCUUCCUCACUGUGGAGAAAUAUGAGGACUCUAUAGCCGACUGGCAGAUACUGUAUAACGAUGCCUCCUGGGAGACGAGGUUUUAUUGGCACAAGGGAAUCCUGGGUCUGAGCAAUUCAACAAUACACUGGCAUAUUCCAGAUACUGCCCACCCUGGAAUCUACAGAAUCAGAUAUUUUGGACACAAUCGGAAGCAGGAACUUCUGAAGCCUGCUGUCAUACUAGCAUUUGAAGGAAUUUCUUCUCCUUUUGAAGUUGUCACUACUUAGUGAAAAGUUGACAAAUACUGAAGAAAAGCUUUUCUCUGUGCACAUGAUAGAGCGAUUUCACACAAAUGUGAAC